AGCAUACUAAAUCGAACCGACCCAUAAGAAACCCUUCCAUCUAAUCCUACCGCAUUAAAGAUAAGCUUUUUACCCCAACACGUCAACAUUUUUAACAAAGGAAAAUGUCAAAUUUACCCAUAAACUAUGCAAAGUAUCCAUAUUUGCCCCUCAAGUUAGGUUGCUCGUUUCGACAAACUACAAGGACGGUUCUUUCGCUCACCUCUGACUCCAAUGCAAGAGUGAGGCCAACAAAGAGAAAGGAUUUAAUCAAAAUGGCAGCAAUAUACAGCCUUUACAUCAUCAAUAAAUCAGGAGGGCUUAUUUUCUACAAGGACUAUGGUUCUGCUGGAAGAAUGGACACAAAUGAUACUUUGAGAUUGGCAAGUCUAUGGCAUUCGAUGCAUGCUAUCUCUCAGCAGCUAUCCCCAAUUCCUGGUUGCUCCGGUAUCGAACUCCUUCAAGCUGAUACUUUCGAUCUGAAUUGCUUCCAAUCUCUAACUGGAAACUUCCAACUUGAAUAUUCAGAAAAGCUAGACGUAUGGUGUUGGAGACUAGACAAAGAUGGACAACUAGAACCUAAACCUUUCUGUGAACUUGUUAUGGGAGGCUUGGUUCUUCUUGGUACUCUUGUGUUAGUGUAAUGCUAAGUUUCUUUAGCUCUAAAGCAAAGCAACACAUGCUUAGCAGUCCUACUGCAAUCAAAUUGACUCUUGAGCAUCUGCUGAGAGCUUGUACGCUGUGAUGGAAAUGAAGACACUCGAACAAUGCUAUAAUCUAUGCAACUGCAUCUCUAAAUAUUGCUGGAGAGACAUCUUUUACUCUGUAAGGACUCCGAAAGAAGACGUGAAAAUACACAAGAAAUAAUCUCCAUGACUCAAUAGAUAAUACUUCUAUUACUUUAGGCUCGGGAAGAAUUGAUUAUAGGCAUACUGCCUCAUUGUUUAAUAAAUGACUUAUGUAGAGUAUGCACACAGAGCUCUUGAA